AUGGGAAGAUCACCACCAGAAGAUCAACCAUUGUUGGGAGGAUCAAAGGAUCCAUAUAGUUUUAUGUAUCCAGGAAGUGGAAGUAUUUCGACACUUACCUUUUCCGAAGGAGGACCAAUUAAUUCCGAUGACCAUCAUCACCAACAUAAUGGUGAAGAAGUAUUGAUUGGAACCAAAGAUGAAAAUUACGAUCUAUCAGGAUCACCAGCUCCACAAAUCAAAAAGAUUGAUGGUACUAGUGAACAUAAAAUUGGUCAACUUUUGGCUACUGCCAUUUGUGGUAAUGAUAUUACAUCAAGUAUUUUUUAUACAAGUUCAUUAUGUACAGCAGCAGCAGGAAAGUAUGCACCAGUAUCACUUUUAAUAGUGUAUGGAGAAGUAGGUAGUGCAUUGCCAUUAAAUGGUGGAGCCUACAACGUACUUUUAAACACGACGUCCAAGCAAAUAGCAUCGUUGGCAGCAGCCUUGACGAUGAUUUCCUAUGUAGCCACUGGUGUGGUCAGUGCAUACACUGCCAUGCAGUAUCUCAAUGGUUUGGCACCCUCUGUGCCACUUCACAUCUCGACGAUUGCCUUGUUGGGUGGAUUUGCCCUGCUCAAUUUGGUUGGUAUUGGCGAGUCGGCCAUCGUCGCCUUUGUCAUUUUCGUCUUUCACAUGAUCACACUUGGCAUUUUGGUGUUUGGUGGUUUCAUUGCCUUGUUUGCCAAGGGUGACUAUACGGUGCUCAAAAACAACUGGCACGACAUUACACCCCCCGACGUGGCCAACAGCACUUUUUGUCAAGCAUCCAACUUUCAAUGGAUCUCUCACGACCCAGCCUACAAUAUCUACUUUGGUUUUGGAGCAGCGAUGCUUGGAGUUACUGGUUUUGAAACAUCGUCCAACUUUAUCGAACAACAAUCACCAGGUGUCUUUCCCAAGACUCUUCGUAACAUGUGGGCCAUCGUAACUCUUUUCAACCCUCUUAUUGGGUUCCUCAAUCUUUGUUUCUUGCAUGUCUGCGAGAUUGCCGGUAACUCUUCCGGUGUGUUGGCCGAGGUUGCAGGUCGUUCGCUCGGCUACUGGUUCCGUCUCUGGGUGGGUAUUGAUGCCUGUCUGGUGUUGUCUGGCUCUGUUAUUACCGCCUAUGUCGGUAUUAUCGGUCUCGUACGUCGUAUGGCACUCGAUCGUUGUCUACCACAAUUCCUCAUUAUCGAGAACCCAUGGCGCAAGACCAACCACUUUAUCAUUAUCUUUUUCUUCCUCGUCUGUACAUCACUCUUUAUUAUGGCAGGUUUCAAGACCACUGUCCUCGCAGGUGUCUAUACCAUUGCUUUUCUCGGUGUCAUGAGUUUGUUUGCCGUCGGUAACAUGCUCCUCAAGUACAAACGUUCCUCUCUUAAACGUGAAAUCAAGUCUCCAUGGAUGGGUGUCAUCUUUGCACUCUGCUUUGUCUUGGCUGCCCUCGCCGCCAACAUUAUCAAUGACACUUCAAUUGUCUAUUACUUUGCCAUUUACUUUAUCGUCACUGCCCUCAUCAUUGCACUCAUGUUUAUCCGUGCACGUGUCCUCAAGAUGAUCCUCUACUUUUCACGUCUCAUUCUCAAACCAUUCACCAAGUCUCGUGAUCGUUUCUCUACUUUUAUCGGUGAAUCCAUCAAGGACAUUAAUUCUCAGUCCAUCAUCUUUUUUGCCAGCAAGGAUGAUCCCGCAUACCUCACAAAGGCCAUCCUCUAUAUCAGAGACAAUGAACAGACCAAUUGGGUGCGUAUCAUUCAUUGCUACGACAGCGAAGCCCCACCCGAAGGUUUUGCUGAAAACAUCUCCUUCCUCGACAGAUGUUUCCCCAAGAUUCGUAUCGAUCUCAUCACCAUCCUUGCCGACUUUUCACCUUCGACCGUCGAAAAGGUCUCCAACAUGUUAAACAUUCCCAAAAACUUUAUGUUUAUCGCUUGUCCAAGAGAUCAUCUUCCUCAUGGUAUUGGUGAAUUGGGUGGUGUUAGAAUUAUCUCUUUCUAA